CGAAAAUCUUUGCCCAGUCAUCAUCAUCAAUCCCCCUUUGACGGCCAUAAACAAAUUGUUUGUUCUUUAACACCUUGACAUUUCAUCUGUAGUACGUCCAUCAGUAUAGCAUCGCGGCGUUCCAAGAUGCGUUACGUCCUUGUUUCCGGCGGAGUGAUCUCUGGCGUGGGGAAGGGCAUCAUCGCCUCGUCCACCGGUCUGCUUCUCAAGACACUUGGAUUGAGGGUCAGCUGCGUCAAGAUUGACCCCUAUGUGUCCGUCGAUGCAGGCCUGAUGGCCCCUGCCGAGCACGGCGAAUGUUUUGUCCUGCAGUCAGGUUCCGAAGUCGAUUUGGAUCUCGGGAACUACGAGAGGUACCUCGCUUUGACCCUGGCCGGCGAUAACAAUAUCACCACCGGCAAGAUCUACCAACAUGUCAUCCAAAAGGAGCGUCGAGGCGACUACCUCGGAAAGACCGUCCAGAUCGUUCCCCACGUCACAAAUGCCAUCAAGGACUGGAUUAAGCGCGUCGCCAAGGUCCCUGUCGACGGAUCGAGCGAGGAACCGGACGUGUGCAUCAUCGAGCUAGGAGGCACUGUCGGCGAUAUCGAGAGCAUGCCUUUCGUGGAGGCACUGACCCAACUGCGCCAUGAAGCCGGACCCAGGAACUUCAUGAACAUCCAUGUCUCAUAUGUUCCCACCAUCCAUGGAGAACAGAAGACGAAGCCUACCCAACACGCGGUCAAGUCUGUCCGCAGCUACGGUCUCAUUCCCGACCUUGUUGCAUGCCGGUGUGAACAACCUCUCGCAGAAUCCACUGUCGCGAAGCUGGCACUACAUUGCCAGGUCGAGCUCGAUCAGAUCCUUGUCGUCCGGGACAUGCCUACCGUCUACCAGGUCCCUUUGCUCCUCGAGGAACAGAAGAUCAUCCCUCUUCUCCGCACCAGGCUCAACUUGGACGCUCUGACUGUCGCGCCUGCAAGUGUGUCCACCGGCGCCGAGCUCUGGGAAACGUGGAAGUUUGUGGUCACUCAGCAGCACGAAGCCACUAUCGAUAUUGCACUGGUGGGCAAGUACGUGGAAACACACGACGCCUACUUGUCUGUAGUCAAGUCUCUGGAACACUCUUCGAUGCAUUUGAGACGGAAGCUCAACCUCAUCUGGGUUGAUGCCGAGCACCUUGAGGCCCAGGCAAAGUCAACGGAUGAGGAGAAGUACAACGAGGCCUGGCACGCAGUACGUACCGCCUCGGGCGUUAUCGUCCCGGGAGGUUUCGGAACCCGCGGCACGGAGGGCAUGAUGCUGGCUUCUAAAUUUGCGAGGGAGAAUGGCACGCCAUUCCUGGGAGUUUGCCUGGGCUUCCAAACUGCUGCUAUCCAGUACGCUCGCGACGUAUGUGGCAUGACCGAGGCCAAUUCGGAGGAGUUCCACUCCUUGGCCAAGGACUGUGUCGUUGUUUCAAUGCCGGAGCUCGACAAGAACAACAUGGGAGGCACCAUGCGUCUUGGAUCCAGGAAGACGAUCUUCCAGGAGGGCAGCGACUGGGCCAAGAUCCGUUCACUGUACGGUGGCGGUCUGGAAAUCGAGGAGAGGCACCGUCACCGCUACGAAAUCAACCCUGAGUACAUCCACCGUCUGGAGACUGCUGGCUUGCAUUUCGUCGGCAAGGACGAGACAGGUCAGCGUAUGGAGAUCUUCGAGCUUAAGGAUCACCCAUACUUUGUUGGCACACAAUUCCAUGCCGAGUACCAGUCCAAGGUGCUCAACCCAAGCAAACCUUACCUUGGCUUCAUUGCCGCCAGUGCUGGGGUUCUCGAAAAGGUCCUGAAAGAGGGACUUGCGCAUUCCAUGAAGCUCACCAACGGUGUGAAUGGUUCUCAUCAUUUCUGAAGCACGCUUCCGUACCAGGGUAGAGGCUGGGGGAAUGGGUCAAAUCAAAUUUGUUGCAGCGGCGUUGAUUACGGCAAGGGGAUACACAUUGGCGUUAUAUCACAGGUUACAUUUUGGAAUGGGCACAGUCCGUAGAUGACUAGAUUUCCAAACCGUGCAUCGGUCUCUUGACUAAAUGCUCUGAGGGCUCGCCGGCGUCGUGUUAUUGUGGUCUACUAUGUAAGGACCAGCAGACCCCGGCACCUGGGCGUUACGAGCAACUUGGGUGCAAUGCAUAUCUAUCUUGGUUGUUUUUUGCAUGGCAUUUGGACAAGCGCUGCUAGGAACGGCACAGGUAUAUAGAAAGGACAGACUACGCAAGUAAAUAUACGUAUGCAUUUUUGAGCA